AUGGCGGAGAGUUGUGGUUGUAAGGGUGGUGGCAAUGGCCAACAUACCUCUUUGUUGUGUCCCCCGGGUAACCUGAAGGAGUGUAUUGAUUGGAUUCUGAGGUUAACGGGGAAGGAUAAUGGGCAGAAUGGUGGUGAUAAAUCCGGUGAUCUCGCCACAGCUGUGAAAGAUUUACUUGGGAAUGGUGUUGAAACGUACAUCGAUACAUUAAAGACUAAAGUUGAUGAAUACUACAAAGGUGUGAUUGACAGUGCCGCUGAUAAGAAGGCGAAGGAAGAACUUGAAAAAGCUCAGACAAAAGCCACUGACAAACUCACAAAUGAUAAAAAAGUGCUUCAAAAAGUAAAUGAGCAGUUGAAUGGUAGUAAUGGUCAAUUGAUCACCAAUUUGGCCACAAAGUUGGAAAAGUUCAUUGAUAAAAGUGGUGGUACUGGUAUUGGUAACAAAGGUACUAGUUACACCUCUUCCUACAACUCUGCUGCCAAAUGGAAUGAGCAAUGUGAAAAGGACAACCUUUGCGCUCGCAUCUUCCUCGGCGCGCUCCCCGUAAUUUUUUCCGGUCUAAGUUAUUUGUAUUGGCGGUGUAGUGGUAAUGGUCGUGCUACUGCUGGUGAACGUUGGACCAAUCAAUCUAUCAAUAGUACCAACGCCCUCGGCAUCUAUUUCGUGUGUUGUGGGUAUAAAAAGGAAGACUUGAAAAGUGAUAAGACAGCCAACGAUAUCAAAAGUUUACUCAAAGAUUUGUUCAACAACGGCACCGUUAACGGUGACUACUCGAAAUACAUCAAAGAAGUACUAACCAACACAACAUCACCCGACACCUACCCCCUCUCCACUCUCUACCUCGCAUCACAAUACUAUUUUCAAUAUAAAUUCAACAAUGCUGGUACCCAUGUCCCAACCACCAUUAGGGAAAUGCUCUACUGGCUAAUGGCGCUGCCCUACAGUGAGUGUUUCCAGCUAGCACCUGCAACUAUUCAACAGGGUAUUAAGAAACAUGGUAUUUGUGAUACACCGGAUGAUGAAAGUGAUUUCAUCGAUGAUGGUAUCACCUUAAAGCCUACUGAUCCCCUCGACUGUCUUAUAUUAACAUCGUGCCAUUACGCCGCUGUGGUCCUAUCCACUAUCCAAGGAACAAUUUGUGACAAUACAACACCUAAAUCCCCAAAGGGCCUCCAUGACAUCUACUCUAAUUCUGCUUUCAACUUUGAAUAUCCCACUACAGCUAAUGCCCUAUUCCCUGUUCUAUGGGACAUUGUCUCGGCUGUCUAUUCCCAAAUUUAUUUUCUCAUGUGGCAAUGUCUAAAUUGCCCUUACAAUGGCGGUUGGAAAUAUUGCAAAUAUGGUGAAGGUAUACAAUAUGACAACGUUAAAUCUUGGAUAUGCACGUCUCCAGGGGGUCAACAAACUGCAUCAUCUCAUAACUGUAACACCGACAAUUGCGCCACUAAACAUACCAAUUGCGGCAAAACCUCCGACAACCUCUCCCCCCUCCAAGCAUUCCUAUGUGAUUAUCUUACACCAUUCCAAUGCGAAUCACUUAAAAAUAACGAAUGUCAAAUUCAAAAUGUUCAACUUGUAUCUAAAAAUGGUGGCACCACUGUACCAUAUAGUGACCAUGCCUCCCAUCGCAAUUUCAAUCAAUAUUGCCCAGUACCCAUGGGAUUCAACAAAGACUGUCUAUCACACACCGAACGUACUGGUAACUAUAUCCAUUGGAUACUACAUUACUUCACCCAAAAGGACCGUGAGUCCGUCAGUUUAUACAAUAUAACUUUAUGCCUGCUUAUUGUAUGUCAACGAACACCAAGAACGGUGGGUGACCUUUUUGCGUUUUUCUUGUAUCUUGGUGGGAUUAUGAAUAAUGGUAGUUCCCCUAACGUCGCUGAUGCCAUCAAUACCGAAGCCGAGAAUAUACCAUGGAAUUAUAAAGGUUCCAAAGACAUCACUACCGCUGUUAAAACCCUAGCUGGCAGCGAAACUGACCAUCCCGAUGCCUCUGACUCUGACGAAGACGUUACCUCUCACGAACCCGGUGAAAAGGUGUCCCUCCACAGCCUCUACAACAGUGAAUGCAAAACUCCCCAAACUUGCGGCCAAUACCUUGACCCCCUGUCCUUUGUUAUCUAUCCCAUCAUCUCAGAAUCCUUCGCUAUGUCCUAUCUAUCACGUAUUGUCUAUCUAACGGAUGUCCUCAAAGAAGGUCUUGAAGAGUUACUAAAAAGGUUUAAGGAUAUUCAAUGUAAAAAGGACCAUGGUUGUAAGACAGACUGUGACCACGGCAACGAAAACAACUGCAUCUGUCCCACCAUCGUCCAAUGCGCUGACGUCCUACCCCUUUUCUUCAAAUACGGCUUCACGUACUAUUCCGCAGCUGCAUUAAAUGGAACCGAUGGUGACCCAACGAAAAAACGCCAAUGCAACAACUUCUACACUCAACUUCACAAUGUCAUCAACAACUCAUUCGAACCACUCCUCACCCAAAUCAACAUCUUUCUCUACCACAUCCGCAAACCCUUCCUUUACUACCUCCUUACCUUCUGGCUGCUCGUCAUCACCUACCUAACAUACUCUCUCACAGUACCACUCGACGUUCUACACCUCCGUUCACACCUACGCAAUGCCGUGAUAUCACCACUAGUACUACUUACCAACUACACACAACGACAUGACAUCACAUAUUUCAAACCGUAA